CCCACACCACACCGUACACUCGGAACACUCACCCGACUUCCACCUAAAUCUAAAAUCAAGCUCAACCAACACACCAACACCCCAUGCAUACCAAAAUUCGCCACGAUCCGCCGGGUGACGUGAACACCGAACCGCCGAGUGGAGAUGCCCGUGACCAGGAUGCCAACUCGUGCCAACCCGCGGGUGCCAAGAGGCUGGCCUUGGACCGAGCCGUUGCCAAUGUGGUGGAGCUGGCCCGUCGCCUCAACUUGAGCAGCGUGAAGGGCUACGGGUCCCCGGAGGAAUCCCUGGAGGCGGCAACGGAAACUGAUGACAACCGCAAGACAGGCGGCGACCCUGCUCGCGCUCCACCUGCAAGGACUAGCGGCGGACGGCUGCUCCCGAAGCACAAGCCCAGUGCCACAGUGAGAUCCGUGCGCAUGGCGUCCAGAUUCCGGAGGACCGAGCCGAGCCACCGGACUCCCCGAGGCGUCCAGUGCCUGACCGCCCACCUGCCCGUUCCCCCGCCGCCUCCGCCCCCCUCCCCCCGCUGUCCACAGGCCCGCGAGCUCUGCCUGGCCCUGGAGGGGGCGGAGGCCCUGCUGGCCCAGUACGCACAAGCGGACGCAGUGCUCGACCAGCUGCUGGAGCAGGCUAGGGCCAUCGACCGCCAGGCGGUGCUCCAGCGCCGAAUGCAGCGCGACGCGGACAUGGUCCGCAGCCUGGAGGCGGAGUUCAGCGGGAGGUCCAUGCUGUGCCUCGCCGAGGCCAUCCGGGCGGACUGCGAGAGCCUGCAGGUCAGGGAGCUCCGCGAGCGGUGCCUCCGCUCCCUCGAACGCCACGAGCAGCGGCUGUUGGCGCUGGACCGCCAGGAGGAGCUCCAGGAGGAGGUCCAGGAGGUGGGCCGGGAACUGGGCAACGGCAAGGGCACCCAGACCGACCUCUACGACUACGACCAGGAUGCCCUUUCAAAGGGUCCAACUGCAAAGGAGUUCUACUUGCCGAGGGAGCGGGAACCCUGGACGGACGAAGCCGUCAGGCGAGGAGCCGGCGACAGUUUCCAGGUGCAACAAAAGAGGGCGGAAUGACGGGUGGUCGGCUAACCCGGACUCUCGAUUGGACCGCAUCUGAACAAAGUCCAGUAGCAUCUAUGAAAUACUCGUAUUCGAAACCUUUUUGUUAGGCAGCACUCUGCCAUGGUUUCAACCUCCAAUAACUCCAACAUAAAAACAGAAAGCCUGUUCCGUAAUGAAAGUACGGGUAUUGACAAAAAAUAAAAAGAAGAAAAUCAAGUA